AUGUCUCUCUUCUUACUUGUUUAUAGCCAUGAAGCAAAAUUACCAAUUUAUCCUAGUCAGGAUGAAGAAAUGUUAGAAGGGAUUAUCCUUCAAAGGUUGUUCGAUUUGAUGCAAACUAUACCUCCACUACAAGAAAGAGCCCAGAUUCAAGUUAUACAACAACAAGGUCAGGUUAAAGAUCAUCACAAUAAGUACCAUCAAAUAAGCGCUGAGUUCAAAAUUGGUGAAAAAGUCUUGUUAAAAAAUGUUGCCAAAAAGUAUUCCCACAGUGACAAAUUUACCCCUAAAUAUAACA